AGCUCCAGUACUUGACUAUCGAGAGAUAUCUCGUAUCACUGCAAUCUUGCGCAGCUCACGCAUAAAUCUACAUCCACCAUCUCUGAGACAGAACUUAGUAUCGACGAGAUGGCCAACCAAUGCUCGGGUCACGUUUUCGUCAUCGUGCAGGCGACAAACGGGAAUAUCCUUACCUGGCGAUGCUCUGACUGCAACUCCGGUCCGUUUGUCGCCAUCUGGCGCUGCAAGAUCUUCACGCAUGCUUUUUUGCCUCUUAAUCGUUUGAUUCGUACAUUUCCUAAAACUUCGGAAAAGCCUUCUGCAGCACUCCUCGCGCCAUACCUGCCGAAAGCCUAUCAGCCUUUUCUUGCGCGACUUGACUUAAAUCAAUUUUCCCAUUUCGUUUGCUUCUCCAUUCGGUUCGGUUUCUCCUGCAACUCUUUGAAAAAAAUUUUUUCUCCAUCUCUGCGGCAUACUGCGCAUUGUCCCCUCGGUUUGUUGGUGUCCCAGAUCGGAGUAGGGUCGACGGAAGAGCGCCUCUGCUUUGUAGUCUGGUCCAAUCGGAUAUCUUCCUAUUCGGGCCAGAUCUCAAUCGAUCAACAUCAAAGCUGUGGCUACCUGAUUGUGACUGAAUACCACUCGAUGUCUCGCGACCAAAGGAGAUGCAUCUGAGCCUGCAACUGCAAACGCGGUGCAAGCAGUGUUUUCCCCCAUUCUCCAUCACUAAUAUAGUCCACUCCACUCGUUUUCCGCCCCCCCCCCUUUCGUGCUUUUGCCAUCGAUUCUUAUGUUGCUUUCCCGACGAAAAGUCCCAAAAGUCCUUCUGAUGCAGAGCCACGGCCGGAAUCUCAUAUGUCCACGAUCUACUUUCGCCACAAAAAAGCAGCAUCGCUCUGGUGUUCAGGGUUCCGAAACAAACGGAAUACAAUGCGGCGACGCAAAUUUAAUAAUGGCAUUUGAGAACUCCCAUUUCACAAUUCCGUAGACACAUUCCCCUCCCCUUUGGCAAAUUCCAAAUA